CUGCUGGCUGAUUUCUUUCACUGGGGCCUCUUUGGAAUCUUGACUGUUCAAGUUUAUCUCUACCACUUAGCAUUUCCAAGGGACCGGAUAGCGUUCAAAGCCCUCGUUUACACAAUCUACUUAGCGGAAGUUGCACAAACCUUCCUCGUGACGCACGACGCAUUCUUUAUGUAUGCUCAGAAGUAUGGACAUGUGGAUGCUCUGGACGCGGUGCAGACAAGUUGGCUUGCUAUACCCGUCUUAUGUGGUAUAGGCCCCUGUGCUGCACAACUAAGCUACACGUACCGGAUCUUUAUCUUGUCCAGGUCGAAACUACUUACAUUCGGGAUCUCCGUCAUUGCACUCACUCAAGCAACUGCUGGUAUCGCCGCGGGUAUACAGGCUCAUCGAGCUGCAACAUACGUCUUGGUAGAAUCCAAAGCAUUUAUUGCUACCACGAUUUGGUUUUCUGGGAGUGCUUUGUGUGAUUUUACCAUCGCUGCGUCGAUGACAGUGCUCCUUCGACGCUGCGACUCUGGGACGCAUGCAACCCACGCAUUAGUGUCGAAGCUUAUUCGGUUGAUAAUCAAGACUGGCACUUUGACGGCUACACUGACACUUGCCGAAGUGGCCAUGUUUUUCGCCUUUCCUCACUUGACCUACUCCGUCUGCCUCUCUAUUAUCCGGGCUAAACUGUAUUCCAAUUCUCUUCUGGUGAUUUUCAAUAGUCGCCUACGUAUUGGUAGUCAAAUGGACUCUACCUUCAUAUCAGACGGUAAUUUGGACAAUGCUACCCGUACCGAGUUCGCCUUGCGCGAAACUUCAAGGAGUCUUAAUUCCACAAUUAUCCUGAGAGGCAUUCGUAGUGAAGACCAGACUUCAGAUGAUACUGCUGCAUCUGCAUCAAUGGUUGGACUUCAUUUAUAUUGUUAA